UCUUGCUCGCCUCCGUAUAGGCGGCAAUCGCCUUUUAAACUUCUGGUGACAAACACGUGAGUUUCCGCGGAUGUCGGACCAGCUCUGUGCGGCACUGGUGAUGGGACUCAUCCAUUCCUUGGCACAAAUGUGAGUCCAUCUCUGCGGUUUCCAUCAUGACAAGAAUGGUGCACCUCCAAGGACUGAUCAUUCAGAGUUUGAGUCUGAAAGUUCUCUAUUUCAGUAUCCUUUGCCAGGCGUGGGAAGUCCAAGAUAUCCCUGAAAGUGUCCGAGCCCUCAAAGGUUCCUGUGUGGUCAUCCCUUGCACAGUGUCGUAUCCCGGGUCACCAAAGCCAACGGAAAACCUGGUGGCAAUUUGGAAAAAAUCACCAGAGGAGGAAAUCUUUAACACGCAGAUUUCGAAUGACCGAAUGAAGCUGGUGGGUGACAUCGGCCAGAACAACUGCUCUCUGGAGAUCAAGGAUGUCCAGCCAAAGGACGGCGGCCCCCUGCACUUCAGAAUUGUUGUGCAUGGACUCGACAGUUACAGCUUUCUGAACAAAGUCGUGUCCGUGAAAGUUCAAGGCCUCCCAGACGAUCCUGACUUGAUAGUCUCAACCGAUCUGCAGGCGGGUGUCGCCGUUGUUGCCUUAUGCGUGGUAAAGCACACCUGCCCAACUCACCCCCCUAAAAUCACCUGGACUUACAACACGACCAAAAGCAAAGUCCAGCACUUGGCUGCCAAAGACGCUGAAUGGAAAUUGACAUCAUCCAUUACCCUCAUCCCAGAGGCAAGACAGCAUGGAGAGAAACUGACAUGCAAAGUUAAAUACUGGGGUGGGAUGCAAGUGGAGACAUCUGUCGUUCUGCAGGUCACGUAUAAACCAAUAAUUCUGAAAAAUACAACCUGUACCGCCAACAGCAGCUGGACAUCAUGUCAGUGUUUUGUGGACUGCAAUCCACCUGCCGACAUCAAAUGGCACUUUGCAAAUAACGACGUUCCCAGCAACAGCACAGAGCAGCGAGGAACCGUAACAGUGGGAACACUAGAGGGAGCUCUGCACGUGAGCAAAACGAUAAUUUGUUCGGCCACAAAUCCUUAUGGAACUGCCGAGCACACCAUCACCUUGCCUGUUAAAGAUAAACCAAUAAUCCUGAACAAUACCACAUGUAUCGGCAACAGCAGCGGGACAUUUUGUCGGUGUUUUGCGAAUUCCAGCCCGCCUGCCGACAUCGAAUGGCACUUUGCAGAUAAUAAAGUGCCCAGCAGCAGCAUUGAGCGGCAGGGAUCAGUGUCAGUGGGAACACUGGAGGGACCUCUGAAUGCCGGUGAAACAAUCCUGUGUGUGGCCACAAACAUUUAUGGAACUGUCAAAUGGCAGAUCACACUGCCUGUUAAAGAUAAACCAAUAAUUCUGAAUAACACCACAUGCAUCGCCAACAGCAGCUGGACAUUUUGUCAGUGUUUUGUGGAUUCAUACCCGGCUGCUGACAUCAAAUGGCACUUGUCAGAUAGCGAAGUGUCCAGCAGCAGCAUCGAGAGACAGGGGACCAUGUCAGUGGGAACACUCGAGGGAGCUCUGCAAGCUGGUGGAACAAUCCUUUGCACAGCCAGAAAUGACUAUGGAACUGUUAGUCGGCUCAUCAUAAUGCCUGUUAAAGGUGUCCAUUUGUCUCUCCUCGUAGCUGUGCCCCUCACUGCAGUGCUCCUAGUCACAGCUCUGGUGUUUACAUGUCACAAAGUGCGGACCUGCACAAACAGAAAUCCGAAGAACAAAUCUUCAAGACAUGACGGCAAGUUCUAUCCGAGUGAUGGCGCGCUGGACCCCCCACUAAAAAGCUAUACCCUGCAAGAACUCUCGGACAGAAACGUCUCAGAUGUCGAAGAUGAAGAUGAGGUCUCCUAUGAAAAUCUCAUGGAACAACCAGAAUAUGGGAACAUGUUUCAAGAUGAAAUUUAUGCAAAUCACCAGCGCUGCUCGUAAAAACUGACAAAGUGGAAUGGACACGAGUGACAUGAGGCAUCCCAAUGUGGCCUCUGGCGUGGUGUGGCUCUGCUACUCACUUGUGCAUGAAGUUCAAAAUUCAUUUGGCCUUUUAUAUUUGUUCUAAAAAGUUAUACUGAUUAUCUGUUCAUCAUUUAUUUACGUGUGUGACAAUUGAUUCCUGGUACAUCAAACCGGUGGUGCCACCUUAUAGGACGAAAAAUGUAACUUUGUGACAAGCACCCUCAUUAUAAAGGGUGCUUAAAC